AUGGAUACCAGCAACGGUGUGGCCUUGAUCGCCCCCGUUCACACCAUCGACCUCUCCCUCCAGCCAGAAGACCGCUACAAGGCGCUGGCGCUGGCGUACGCAGACGAGCUUCGAGGCCUUACAACCCUUUUCAACGCCCUUCUUGGCGACUUGGGCUUGUCCCAGCGUUCCCAUGGCCCAAUCAAUCUCUUCGCGCGAAUGUUCCUUCGCGGUCUGAACUCUCCGGUGGAGACGGCGGAGCUUCGAGGCAUAGCUCAAGUUACGGGAGUGCCAAUGUACUUGCUAGUCAGCUUCAACGUGGUCCUGGACUGCCUCAUGGGCUGUACGUCUGGCGCAGUCAAGACAUUGGAGAAAGGGGAACCGUGGAGCAAGACAAGAAUGCUGCACUUCCGCACCUUGGACUGGUCGAUGGAUCCUCUGCGCAGAAUCCUCGUCCGGUUGGAAUUUGUUCGCAGUAGAUCGGCGACCCCUGGCCAGAUACUGGCUCGCAGCGUCACGUACGUGGGCUUCAUUGGAGUCCUGACAGGAGUGCGGGAGGACCUAAGCGUCUCUCUCAACUUCCGGCCUCUGCAUAACGCGACCAGGAGAAGGGACCACAUGCGAUUCUACCUCCACCACUUGUUGGUGCUUCUGGGUUACCGCCAGUCAAUCGCCGGUAUUCUCAGAGAAUACAUCAUCCCUGAAGAUCCAAAAAACGAGCAUGCGAAGCGUCUUGAGGAUAUUAUGGAGGAAGUCAUUCCGCGGCCAACCACUGCAGCUUACCUGACUUUCUGCGACGGUGUUUCGACUGUCGUCCUGGAGAAGGAUUAUGGGACUGCCGUCAUGCGAUAUUCCGACACAUUCAUCGGCGUGACGAACAACGAUCAGGAUGAUGACGACCCUCGGUUGCGGAAAGACAACGCUAUCCUGGAACAGAUCUCGGUCAAGGACUCCGGUUUCAAGAUUGGAAUGGAAGCACUUGUAGAGGAAAGCCGAGACAGACUGGAUGCCAUCGCGAUCAGGUGGCGAGGCCAUGUUCGAAAAGCGAAGAGACAAGCAAAGAAGGAUGGGAAAGACGCCAGUACAGUUGAGCGGAACUUGACUGUCACCACCGACGAGGUCAUUGAAUGGCUGUCCGCAUACCCAACCACGAACGAGCAGACACAUUUCGCGACGAUCAUGGACCCAAUGAGCGGACAGGUCGUCUGGACUCGCGUGUAUCCGCCACCACUUGAAUGA